AUGAGAAAUACUCAUGAAAUUCAUAAUUAUUUUUAUGCUAAUACUCUUAAAACAUGUCUUAUUUGCAAUCUUUGUGAUAAUAAUUAUCCUUCUAAUACUAAUUUAACAAAUUUAAAAAAUCAUUUUGCUAAAUAUCAUGUAAAUGAAUAUCAUAAUUAUUCACCGGAAAAAGAAAUUGUAGAAGUUAUUGAAAGUGGUCAAGCUUUACCACCACUUGUUCAAAAUCAAAAUAAACGAAAAAUAAUUAUUGAAGAGAAAUA